UCGCCAGGGCUCGCGUAAGGAUGUGCGUGUUUUGCACGCUCUCACACCCGGUUACGAGUGCGCCAACGCGAUCGACCACCGGAAACCCGUGGCCCGAAUCACGUUAUCCCAGCCACCGUGCACACACAGUCCUUAGAGUUCGCUCUUUCCUUUAAUCUAUCCUUGGUUUAUUACAAAAUACAAGGAAAAUAGCUCCCUUUAUAUAUACACACACGUACACACAUGAAAUCACUCUUGACAUCAGAAGAAAUAUUACUAGAAGAAUCUAGGGUAAGCUCGUAGUGGAUCAGCGAGUGGUUGGAUCGUGUGAUUGAGUUUAUGAAAAACAAGCAUAAAAAUAAACGGUUUAUCUGUUCUACGAAUGAAAAAGGGGGGGUGGGAAGAGACGAAAAAGUGUACCCCUUACACGUUAUGCGAAGAGUGUUCCAGUAGUGCGGAAAAAAGGAUAAAAAAAUCUGCCGCAGCUGAAUUUCAUUCCGCCCUUGAUUUCUCCUUUUACCCUUGGUGGUUUCGCGACAUGAACGAAGGUUCUAAUUGGAGUAGUGCUACGAUCGUUUGUGGUGAGAAACUAAAGAAUAAAAAAAAAAUAUUUUCAACGGGAAUUCAAAAAAAAGCUCUCGCAAUGACAAGCCUCGUGAGGGGUUUGCGAGGCUCCGGCCGGGGCUGCUGUCGCUGCUGCUGCCAGACGGUUUUGCGUGAUGCGAGGGAAAUUUGAAAGCCGGCCGGCUUUAACUUUUAGUAUUCUUUUUUAAGGUAGCCCUUGUGCUAUGCCACGAAACCAAAUGCCAAAGUUGCUUUAAAUUCAUUCGUAUUCCUCGUUACAAAAUAUUUUAGCCAAUAGGUCAAUAUUAAGAGAAAUUUAUCCAAUUUUCGCAUCAUUUUUCAUUCGUAACUUACGCCAUUUUACUUAAUUUAUAAAUCAAAAUCUGUUCAGUUGGACAAUAAAAUUGCUCCGUAUGAUUUAUGAAAUUUCCAUUGUAGUUGUCUCGAUUAUAAAAUAGAUCAAAUUUUUCAUAAAUACUGCAAUGAUCAAAUAAUUAAAAUUUAUCAAACCAAAAGAAUUGCCGGAUAAGUUGUAGAGGCUGAAAUUUCAGUUUCAUUGCCACAUAGUAACUCGUUUCAAGAAUUUGAAUUUGGAAAAAGUUAAUCACGUCUCGAAAUAGGUGCCAAGAGAUACAAGGGCUGCCUUACAUCAGUCGGCCUAAAAAUCGCUGCGAUUUUGAGUGAUUAUAAGUGAAGUAACAUUUUUAAAUGGAGCACACAGCCCAAACGGGUAUUCGGAUCGUUCAAUCGCGGUAUUAGUGACUGAGAAGUUAGGGCUAAAUCUUUCGAAAAAGAGUCAAGUGAAUAUCGGGAUAGUGACGAACCGAACAGUGCGCCAUCUUACAGCCAAAAAUCGCUACGUCAAUUUAUUUCUGUUUGACACGCGAGUUCGGGUCUAAGGUAAAAUUUCAGUGCUCCAGAGGAGAAGGAAAAUAGUCAAGUGUGUUCCGUGCUUUCAAAUAUUUUAUUAUUUUCUCCUGUAAAGUGCUUCGCGAGUUUUCGUUUUUUUUUUAAACAAAGGAGAGAAGAAUUGCUUGGAAGAACGACACGCCGCUGAAUUCAAGAUACAUAGAUGGAGGAAAGCGAGAGUAACGAUAAAGCACGCACAACCGAAGAGUCGAAUGGGUUAGAUGACAAUCGGUUGGACGAAUCGAUGCGGCGGAAGGAUCGUGAGGGAAUAAAUGAAAAUGAAAUGAGGGUCGAGAGUGACGAGAACAUGAAGAAUCGGGAAGAGAAAACAUCGACGAUGGAGAUAAGCAGCGGCGAAUCGAUCGAUCGUGAAAAAUCGUUAACGCGCGAUGAUGAAGCGGAGGAGGACGACGAGAGUAAAGUUUCGGACGACGAUGAAAACAACAAGGAGAAAACAGUCGAUGAGAAACGGGACGAUGAGUCGUCAACGAGAACAUCCUCGACCAGCACCUCCGACGACGAGUCUGAGACCAGCUCCGAGGAUAAAACCGAAACGUCGAAGCAUCAGGAAAUCGAUGAAACGAUCGUACCCAUCUCGGAUAAAGUCUCCAAAGACAAUAAACAGAAUGAUGAAAUUUUGAAAAACGAGGACACCACCGACGACAGUGAUAUCGACGAUGAUCUCGUAUCAACUAUUAAUUACAACACAAUUACCUCGUUAGCUGCUCUCAAGGAUAUGCUACAAUCGUCUGGCGAAGAUUCCGACGGUGUUGAUUCAUUCUUUCAUCAUUAUUUUCUAUCCCACGUUAACCGCUUACCGUCCAGAAAUCAAACUCAUAGCCCCUAUCCCUGGGGACGAAGAUUAUCCGAGUGCCGAGAGGAAGACGAGUACGAGACCGAGGAAGGCAAAAACAACGAGUUCACAACAGCCGGAUCCGCGAAAGAUAAAGAUGAUAAAAAAGCCCCCAAAGCGGUUCAGGAAAGCUCGGAAAAAUCGGAAAGUCAAACUUCGAAAGCUUCGAGCCCCUCCUCCUCGGAAAAAUCUAGUUCAGAAAAGAUCGAUCAAAAGUCAAACGCAACGUCGAGCGCUUCUGAGUCAAAGCCACAACCUACGACAACAACUUCAUCGAGAUUUACAACUUGCACGGUUACCUCACCGACCUCGACGAAACCACCGUUGAGACGAAGACAUACAGCUGGCCCAGGAAUGACGUUUCCUGCGACUGAUCCGCCCUGCUAUUCCAGCAGUAUGAUAUUCUCUCGUACAAGUCCGCUCCCCAGUCCCCACCUGGACAAAAGAUUCUUUGAUUCAAGUCUGAUCGAGAUGAAGAGCCAAGCGAGCAGUUCCAGCACUCUUGACUACGAUUCGACCGAAGAAAUUUGGGUACGAAGGGUCGAGUUUGUGCAGGAAAGAAAAAGACAGGAACUUGGAUCGCAACCGUUACCGACGAUCGUGACCGAAGAUGUUGAUCCUACGGGGCAGAAUGCCCAAGAACAAGGCCACAGACCAAGAGCCGGUACUUGGGGCUCUCACUCAAAAACCAUUAGGAAACCAACAUCCGGGAGUGCUCCAGGCUCUGGAAAAACGACACCUGUGCCUCAACAACUGGAGGCAGCGUCGAGCUCAGGCUCGAGCAAGGGACGAAAAGCUUCAGGCACGCGUUCCGGCUCAAACAGUCGUAGCAACAGCAGAAGCAGCAGCGCUGAGAGACGUAGAAGCGGAGAUGAAACUGCAAGCCCAACGCGAAAAACGGUCCUCUUCGAUGCUUUUAGGCCUAGAAGCAAAUCGGACGCUAGCAAAGCGAGAAAACCCAGUAUUAUUGCGAACAUGAAAAACGCCGUGCAGUCUCUGCAUCGUGGCUCGCACGGCAGUUCGACUUCGGACGUUCGCACGGAAAAAGAUCAUCACAAGGAGCACAGAGACAGCAAGGAUUCGAGUGGACGUCCGAGGGCUGGCUCCGAGAGCAGCAGAAAUCCAGUGAGCAAAGUUAUGGACCUGAUUAGACAUCGAAGUCAUAGCUCCCUUAAUACGGAUGAAAAACGCAAAGCGAGAGCAGUUGCCCAGCAGCAAGCGCAGAUAGCAGCCCAAGGAGCACUGAGAAGAGGUUCGUUGGACCCAGGAACGAGAAGACUGUCUCUUGGGACACCGGCGAUACCGCACAGGGCAUCGGAUGCGUGUCUCGAUCCAGUGCAUGCUGCCAUAUUAUUCAGGGACGCUCGAGGGUUGCCUGUCGUCGAUCCCUUCUUGGAAAAAGUCUCACUUUCCGAUCUCGAGGAGGACGAGUCGCAGAUAUUCGUGAAGUUUUUCAAAUUUCACAAAUGCUACGACCUCAUACCAACUAGCGCAAAACUCGUCGUUUUCGACACCCACCUGCUCGUGAAGAAGGCAUUUUUCGCGCUUGUAUACAAUGGAGUACGAGCAGCACCAUUGUGGGACAGCUCGAGGCAACAGUUCGUUGGAAUGCUCACUAUUACAGAUUUUAUUAAAAUUCUCCAAAUGUACUACACGAGUCCAUCGGUGACGAUGGAAGAGCUGGAAGAACACGAGCUGGAUACCUGGAGAAAAGUACUAAAGGAUCAGGUGAAUCCUUUGGUAAGCAUUAGUCCAGACGCAUCUCUCUAUGACGCCAUAAAAACUCUAAUCAACAAUCGAAUUCACCGAUUGCCUGUGAUAGAUCCCGAAACUGGAAAUGUUCUGUACAUUCUGACACACAAGAGGAUACUGAGGUUUCUCUUCCUCUACAUCCACGAAUUACCUAAGCCUUCCUUCACGAACAAAACAUUGAGGGAUCUGAGGAUAGGCACUUUUGACAACAUAGAAACGGCCACCGAAGAAACUAGCAUAAUUUUAGCUCUUAAAAAGUUUGUGGAGAGGCGGGUAUCGGCGCUGCCCAUCAUCGACACCGAGGGAAAAUUAGUCAACAUUUACUCCAAAUUCGACGUUAUCAAUCUAGCGGCCGAAAAAACGUACAAUAAUUUGGACGUUUCGUUGAGAGAAGCCAACGAACACAGAAAUGAAUGGUUCGAGGGUGUCCAAAGUUGUAAAUUAGACGAAAAUCUCUUCACUGUCAUGGAAAAAAUUGUCAGAGCGGAGGUCCAUAGGCUAGUCGUGGUGGACGAAGAAGACAAAGUUAUAGGAAUAAUAUCUCUAUCCGACUUACUAUUUUAUCUCGUACUCAGGCCUUGUGGCGAAGAUGGCAGUAACAAAGGUAGCUCCGUUUCACUAAGAGCCCAAGAUUCAAUUCCAUCGAAAGCACAAUCGGAAGCUUCUCUUGGUGAGGAUGAGCCGGAAGUUGACAACGAGGCAAUUGAAACGAAUCAAACGGUAGAAGUUCCGGGUACUCCUAGUCCGCCGUUGAGUCCAGCCGCAUCGGACAUAUCCGAGACUCAAUCCUCGAUGGUAAAUCAACCGUCGGAAACAAGUUGGCGCGAGGUGACAGUAUCCGGUGGCGAAUGAAAAAAAGAAAUACCAAUCGCGUCGAGAGCUAUGCGAUUAGAUAUGCUUGUUUGGAAAAUUAAGCCCUGUACCGGUACCCGCUUCGUUUCAUUACACAUAUAUUGUACAUUUAUCGAACCGGGAGAAAAGAUCCACGAGAAAAAUUGAGAUAUCAAUCGCGUAGUGAUGGACUUUUCCUUUUCUUUUUGUAAUAUUUGACAAAAUUUGAUCAUCGUUGCUUCAUAAAUACUGCGUUUUCUAUCCUUUUUUUAUUAGCAACAAGUUAAAUUGAGGAAAAUAUAUAAGAUUUCCAGAAAAAAAAUUAAUAAACUGAAGCAAAGGAAGGGAAAGA